GGACAACGGGACGACCGGUGAAGUUCAGACCGAACGUCACAAAGUCACCGUCAUGGCUCGUACCGGCUCCUGUGGCUCCGGUACCCUCCUCUCCCACCGGAACAUCAAGCUGGACUCGUUCCUGAAGCGCAACACGGAGCGGACCGUGUACGAACAGAUCCGAGCCUACGAGCCGUGCGUGGUGAUAUCAGAGACCGUUAAUAAAGUGUACAUGCACGUUGUCAUGAGCGACGAGUGCGUGUACAUCACCGAGUACCCGCCGCGCACGCUCACCGAAGCCUGUAGCUUCAGGCGCGUGCGUGACAUCGAGUUGGUCAAUGACCUACCAGAUUUCCUCCAUGGGAAGGACCGGGAACUCUGCCAGCACAUACGAAUCACCUACAUCACUGACAAGCCUGCUGCGAGGAGCCGUGAUUGGCUGAGGAGAGAGAGGAGGGUGGGACUUCCUCCUGCAGCCUCGUCGUCUCGCAGACCCAGCCACUGCCCAACAAUAACACACACCGUAGAAGGAUAUCCUGGACAGAGGAUCCCCGGUGAAAGGGGGACCCAACCCAAACGUCCUUCCACACGUUCUGCCUCCUGUCCAGACCCGGAGACUCUGGGCCUCCUCAGGGUCCCACACCCUCCCACCCAGCCUCCCUCCACAGAGCCCUCCCCCACCGGCUCCCCCACCGCUCCUCUGUCACCCUCAGAUCACAGGCUGAACGUCCCUGACACUGGACAGGUCCCGAGGGGAAUCGGUUCAGUUCUGUCUCGCCUGUUGAGAAGAGACGAUGAGAGCAGCGGAGAGGAGAGGGAGGCUGAGCUGCAUCUUUACGCCGUAUCACACACGUCCAGACUUUACCUCCAUCUACAGAGCUUGUGGAACAGCUUCAUUAUCAGGUCCACUCUGUUGUUGGACCCGCUCUACAGAAGGAAGUGCUCGUCUGGCUCCUCUCCUGGAAGGCGACUUCCUGCCAUCAGCUGGGAGAGGACAGCUCACCUGUUUGGUCAGCUGAGCUCUGAGCUCCUGCAGGAGGGGAUCAGCGUGGAGAGUCUCUACAUGCUGCUGCAAGAGCUGAGGACUGCUGCUCACCGCAACGUCGCACUACGACGUCUCUUCUGGAGGUCCAGUGAGGUGUGCGUCUUCCUAGUUCAGACUCUGGAGGAAUCUCUGCACGGAUGUAAGAGCCUCAGUAGAGUCUACACAGCAGAUCAACUACUACUGAGCACUCUGACCGUGCAGACGCUCGCCGUCAUGUUCAGAGAAACGGAGGGCGAACCAGCCAGACUCAACCUACUCUCUGCCAAGAAAGGUGACCUGGCCUCCAGAAUGCUGCUUGCCUUGAUAUGUGAUGCAGAGCUACAAACACGGAACCAAAGAACUCUGGCUGACUGUGAGGCCUUACUAGCUGAGUAUCUGGACGCUGCCUGCUCGCUGCUCUUCGAGCUGCUGCUUUUAGGCCACGAGGCAAGCAGAUGUUCCUCUGCCGACAACUUCCUGUCUGUUGGCUGGAUCCUCGGAGUCCUGCAGCCUCAUCCUCGCCUGUUGUCCUUCAUUGGGUACCAGGCCCAGCAGGUGGUGCUGGUGUUGUCAGACCUGCAGGAGUCCUUUCUGAGUCCAGUUCAGUCUGUGCUGCUAUUCCAGCGCUGUCGCCUCCUGCUGGCCUGCCUGCAGUACAACAGCCAUCUGGCACAGCACCUCCGCUCCCACUUCAGAGAGGAGUUCAGGUACUCUGUGAAGCUGUCAUGUGCUGAGGAGAAGCUGCCGCCUCACUACCCGAUCAGCCAACCAACUCUACGACUGGUCGAGCAGAUCCUGACUCUUAUUCUUCACUGAUGAUCAUCGCACAUGUGCACUUACACCUGGAAACAGUGCUGUGACAGUGUGUGCCUUUACCAACGUCUGAGUGAGUUUAUGCUUUGAGCUGAAUAUACUUUUUGAGUUUCACCACUGCCACGAAUGAACAGAAAUAACGGCACUACUUUCUGUGUAUUUGUUUUGUCAAUAAAUGUUCCUAUAAUGCUGUAUAGCAGAAAUCUUUUCCAGGUUUUAUGAGUGUUAGCAGUGCUUCGAGCUAAAUGCUAACAUGUUGAGCAGGUAUAGUAUUUACCAUGUUCACCAUCUUAGUUUAGCUUGCUAACAUCUGCUAAUUAGCACUCAACACAAAACACUCCACUAGUAUGAUAAUUUUUCCCUUCAUGUUUGGAUUCUGCCUUUGUGUAUAUUUGAACAUGUAGAUGUUUAACCUGUAAAUGUCAGCAAACACUCUAAAUAAAGGUAAUUUCAAGGUGAAGUUGUCCCAAAAACGCAGAAAAGUUAGAAGAACCUGGCUCUCCUUUUGCGGCAACACAUUGCGACGUCAUCCGGCACGGCACCACGGUAGCCAAGGCCAAUCAGAUACAAGCAAGGGCACAUUCAUGGUAGAUUACUUCUGUGUACCGGGCGGUUGUCUCAACGAUAGAGAAAAGAUUACGUCUAACAAGGGUCAGACUGCCUUGAAUGGUGCUCUAGGAGCAGAUUGGGGGUUUCUGGCACAGCUUCACCUACUUCCAAGGUGCAGGGAGAAGGGAAAAUGUCGGAAGAUGUCAAAACUCCAGCAACGUUUGUAGUAUAUAGAACAACUGGGCCUAAAGUUGUUUUAUAUAAAAGUGUUGCUGGAGUUUUGACCUCUUCUAAGUGGUGCUGCUCUGUGGUGCCAGGAAAUGACGUGAACUGUACAUGCUGUUCUUUCAGGAUUACUCUGUGAUGAACUCUCAUGCAAAACCCUGCCAACGACAGUGAUGACAACAGUUAAUCAUUGUUGAUGGCUGAAUUAAAGCUAGGGUUGGUAAUCUUCUUCUACAACCUUUUUUUUUGUUAAUACA